AUGAAGAGAUUCGAAAUUUACUGCGUCUUCUUCCUCCUCACAUCUAUCAUCGAGUUUCUGACCCUGCCUACUUAUGGUAAAACAAACGGAGUCUGCAUUUCUCCGGGUGGCCGAUUUCCCCCCUUCUCCAAUGAAGGGAAACCCCCCAAAAAGGCACCCAAGGGCCCCAGAGACCUCACGCUUUGCAGGAUAUUCCGGAAAAAGACCUGCUGUGAUGUGACUCAAACGCACCCUGCUCUGUUAUCCAUCAGGAGACUUGCUUCCUCAUCUGGAGAAGGAACCCAAGAGUGCUUGGAUUUGUGGGAGCUUCUGGAGUGUUCCAUCUGUGACCCCCGAGUAGGUGUGCAGCCGGGACCUCCCCAUAUAUGUGCCUCCCUAUGUGAUAGAGUUUAUGAAGCAUGCUCUACGGCAUACUUUGCAAUUGAUGCAAAGACACAGGUUUUAUCUCCAUGUGGACCGAGUGACUUUGUCUGUGGCCGAGCUUCCGAGUGGGUCUCUAACGGCACUGAACUUUGCCGCGCCUCAGGGUUCUCUGUCACGCCAUCUGAGGAAGAAUCUUGCUAUGGUGGGAAGGGUAGUCUGGACUAUAUUGCAAGUUCGUGGAGAAAUUCACCUUCCGAGGUUUCGACUCGCGUACAGGACAGAGAGAUCCUCGAGGAUUUUAGGCAGUGGAUUUUUGAUAUGCCGUUCAAUGAAAGGGUCUCAUGGGCUGUUGGAGGGAUGGUUCUUACAGCCGGACUUUUAUACGUAAGUAAAAGGAAAUCCCAGAACCAACGUCUCAAGCAAUCAGCUAUCCAGCGCACGGCAAGGAAGCUGGGAACAAGACUAAAUUCCACAUCUUCUCUUAGCCAAGGAAACAGAAAGGGAAUUGGAAGAUAA